AUGUCUUCCUUUUCUACUCUCAGGACCCGAUCCUCACCCUUCAUCGCCCAACACCUCUCCAUCCAACUCUUCCAGAUCCGGCAGUCCUCCACCUCUUCCCCCGCCUCCUCGCUCCUCAACACCACCGGCCCGGUCCGACCCGGAUUUGGUCGAACCGCACUUUCCACCGCCCUCGCCGGGUCCAGCGUCCUAGGUCUUCUUCUGUACGGCUUCUACUCUUAUUCGCCCAAUUCGGAUUUUGAUUCAAUCGCUUCUCUCGUUGACCGGUCCACGCCGAAUUCCGAGGACCAAGAACGACGUCCUUCCUUCUUUCCGAAAUUUUCACUACCUGAAAGUUCCGGUAGCUUGCUACUUGGAGAUGCAUUCAGGAGAAAGGUUUUCUUCAACUAUGAGAGGCGCAUACGGCUGCGAAGUCCUCCGGAAAAGGUUUUUGAGUACUUUGCAUCUGAUCGAAGUCCAAAAGGAGAAGUACUGAUGAAACCAGCAGACCUCAUGAGGGCAGUGGUUCCUGUUUUCCCUCCAUCUGAAUCCCACCUUGUUAGAGAUGGAUACUUGGGAGGAGAAAGGAGUCCGGGUGAUUUACGCUGCCCUCCAUCUGAAUUUUUUAUGCUUUUUGAUGUAAACAAUGACGGGCUGAUAUCUUUCAAAGAGUAUAUCUUUUUUGUAACACUACUCAGCAUUCCGGAAUCAAGUUUUACGGUGGCAUUUAAAAUGUUUGAUGUCGACAAUAAUGGGGAGAUAAAUAAGGAAGAGUUCAAGAAAGUGAUGGCAUUGAUGCGAUCUCGCCAUAGGCAGGGUGUUCACCACAGGGAUGGACUGCGAACUGGCUUAAAGGUGAACGAUCCUGUGGAAGAUGGAGGGCUGGUGGAAUAUUUUUUUGAUAAAGAUGGUAAUGGAUGCCUUCAGCAUGAUAAAUUCGUUACAUUUCUGAGGGACUUGCAUGAUGAGAUUCUGAGGCUGGAAUUUGCUCAUUAUGACUACAAAUCUCAACAAACCAUAUCAGCGAAGGACUUUGCACUCUCCAUGGUUGCUUCGGCGGACAUGAGUCAGCUAAGCAAGUUGCUUAAACGGGUUGAUGUAUUGAAUGAUGAUCCACACCUGAAGGAUGCACGUAUCACAUUUGAGGACUUCAAAAACUUUGCGGAGUUACGGAGAAAAUUAGUGCCAUUUUCAUUGGCUGUUUUCAGUUUUGGAGAGGUAAAUGGCCUGUUGACAAGAGACGAUUUUCAGAGAGCAGCAUCACAAGUAUGCGGCAUAUCUCUGUCGGACGACGUGGUUGACAUUGUUUUCCAUUUGUUUGACACAAAUCGGGACGGAAACUUGAGUUUUGACGAGUUUGUGAGAGUGCUACAUAAACGAGAGAGGGACAUUGCACAACCCGUGGAGACAGGAAUCAUGGGUUUGUUAUCAUGCUGCUGGAACUGUGGUAACAACAACAAAUCAUUUUCAGGGUUUUUUUCCUGA